AUGAAGAGAACAGCCGAAGGGAAGGUGAAAGACCGAGAUGUCGAUAUGUUCGGUCAACCGAAGGAAAAUGUAGGAACUUGGGAAGGAAAGCAUGCCGAUGAAAUCCUUAUUUUCACUCACAAAGAUUGUGAACCUCGUGCAAAGGUGGCCGCUUUUGAUAUGGAUGGCACGUUAAUCACGACGAAGUCUGGUAAGGUAUUUCCCGUGGACAAUUCCGACUGGAGGAUAAUUUAUGACAAGGUGGGCAAGGUAGAUAAAAAUGGUUUCAAACGCAAAGUGGAAGCUAUAGUUGCGAAGCUAGGAGUUCCAGCUCAGGCAUUUGUCGCGCUCGGCGAAGGACAUUAUCGAAAACCUUGUACCGGCAUGUGGAAGGAGUUGGAGGAAGCGAAUGGUGAUAUUGCUAUCGAUGUUGCCAAGUCGUUGUAUGUGGGAGAUGCAGCUGGUAGACAUAAAACCAAGACUCGCCCUAAAAAGGAUCACUCGUGCGCCGACAGGUUCUUUGCCGCGAACGUUGGCCUCAAGUUCCAGACUCCGGAAGAGUUUUUCCUUGACCAAAGUACACCUGAGCCAUGGGGACCACCUUCCUUUGAUCCGACUGAGUUUUUCAGUAUGAAAAAACCUCUCCUAGAACCAGAA